UGGCCACCUUUUCUCUUCCUGCCCAUCACACUAUGCCAGCACAUCUCCAUCCUUCUGCAGCUGCUACAGGCAGAUCUAUCAUGUGGGCACUAACAGCCCUCCUGCUCCUAGUUCAAGGCAGUGGGCAAGCUGCUACACUGGAGAAGCCCAUAUUGUCUCUACACCCGCCUUGGACCACGAUCUUCAAGGGGGAACGGGUAACCUUGCGGUGUGAUGGAUACCACCCCCUGCUCCUGGAGCUCCGUCCCAUCAACACUCUCUGGUAUUUGGGCCACCUACUCCUGCCCUCCCACAAGAAGAGCAUUGAGGUACAGACACCAGGGGUAUACCGGUGCCAGACACGGGGAGCACCUGUCAGUGACCCCAUUCAUCUCUCUGUAUCUAAUGACUGGCUGAUCCUGCAAGUGCCCUAUGCUGCAGUGUUCGAGGGCGAACCGCUGGUUAUGCGCUGCCGUGGUUGGUAUGACAAGGUGGUCUACAAGCUUCACUACUACCACGACGACCAGGCUGUACGCUACUUCCAUUCUAGCACCAACUACACAGUGUUGCAGGCACGUGCGAGCGACAGCGGGCGCUACCAGUGCUCUGGCACCAUGCGCAUCCCAGUAGAGAGCGCGCCCAUGUUCUCCGCCAAGGUGGUUGUGACCGUGCAAGAGCUGUUCCAGACGCCAGUGCUGAGGGUAAUGAGCCCUAAGGAGAUCCGCGGCGCGGCGCACCGCCGGGUGGUCCUGCGCUGCGAGACUCGCCUGCACCCGCAGAAGCGCGACACGCCACUGCAGUUCGCCUUCUACAAGUACAGUCGCGCCGUUCGCCGCUUCGACUGGGGCGCUGAGUACACGGUCCCCGAGCCCGAGGUCGAAGAGCUUGAAGCAUACUGGUGCGAGGCGGCUACAGCCACUCGCAGCGUCCGGAAACGCAGCCCCUGGCUGCAGCUCCCGGGGUUGGGCUCUUCCCUGGAUCUGGCAUCCACCCACACCCCAGCCCCACAGGCUGCAGCCUUGGCGCCAGGUAACAAGCCGUUCUCCUUUAGAAAGCCCCCAGUGGCUAGAUCGGUCCCAUCGGUCACCUCUGUCCCUAACGCCACCUCAGUUGGGCUGCAGUUCCCGGCAGGCAGAGUCCCCACUUCUGGGCCACCCGCCUGCGCUCCUCCGACGCCCUUGGAACAAUCCGCUGGAGCUCUGAAACCCAACGUGGACCUUCUGCUCCGAGAAAUGCAGCUGCUCAAAGACCUUCUGAGCCGGGUGGUUCUGGAAUUGAAGGAACCACAAGUCCUCCCAGAGUUCAAGGGAACACGGGAGACCCCUACUUCGCAUUUUCCUUUGAGCCAGGGAAGCCACCAGAUGACUCCUGUGGAGAGUUGAAGGGCGGCUAUCUUCCUCUCUCCAGGUUCAUUUCUCCCAGAUCUCUCCUGCUUCCUUCCCCUAGCGUGCAGGCCUUUCUGAGCUAUUUCUGCAUCUCUUUGUUUUGCUGUGGUUUUUAAAGUGCGGUAGCUGAGGAUUUCGCCCUCACACAGCAGCUGGUAACCACAAGCAUUCUCUCUGAUGUGUUCCUUCUCACAGAAUUCCGUUAGGGAAGUAGAACUUGGUAUUUUGCUUCAUUGUAGUUUCCUUUUGGAGUGAAUUUAGUCAUCCUUAGCGCAAAUAAGUCUAACGUACAUAUUUUGGCACAGGUUACUUUUUGGUAUUUUAAUUCAUUGAGGUCACUGAACACUAGAACAUUUUGGGGUUAAGUGGAAUUAUUCAUAAUGAAUUUACUUCUCUGUUAAUAUAAAAAAGACUUUCAAUCCUUUUAUGUGUUUAUCCUCAAGUUAUGAGUUCUAGUUCCUUUCAGAGAGGGAAAGUUAUUUGUGUGGUCUAUCCAUUCAUAGGCUAUGAAGGUCAGUGUUCACCUAGAGGCACCCUCUCACUCCAAGCGCACCCCUUGCCCCCAUGCAGCCACCCAUGGGCUCUGGAAGCACCAGGCAUGUGGGCCACACUAAUCUUAGUGAAAAAUUAAACAAGUGAUAUCAUUUGCAUUGAGACAUCUCUUUGAGGAAGUUUUUAAACAAAUCCUUGAAAUUGCUGAAUCCACAUUUUUAGCAGCAUUUUUCUUCUUUAAAAACCAUUUAACACUAACACACAGCUAUAUUUACAUGUUCAGAUCUAGAACCCACCCUACCUGAAGACUUUUUUGGCACAUGAAGGAAGAAAAAUGAGAGGCCAUUUCUAUUGCAAUUUCAGGAGUUUGCUCACUAAAAGUCUAAUUUCCAUGCCUCCUCUGGUCUGUCUACUACAACCAUAGAUUCUCUGCAGAGCUGGUAUGACUUGAUCUAAUGCAUUCUACUG